GAAAAAAAAGAGUAAAAAAGCCAAGUCUACCAUUUGACGCGAAAUUUGUAAAAGGAGGAGGUUGAAAAGAUCCCUAUAAAUCUACUAUUUCGACCCCUCGCCUCCAUAUCCCUUGCACCAAGCAGUUUCUUCUUUCUUCCUUCUUUGCAUUCAUCCAUUCAUUCAUUCCUUCCUAUUACAUACCUAAUCUGAACCUCUCUCUCUCUCUCUCUCUCUCUCAAAAUAUCUAUCUAUUUAUCCCUCUCUAUACAUGGCAUCUGCAGUUGCUGGUGUUGAUGAUUUCACUGUAACGGUGAAACGGAAGGAGACGGUAGCAGCAGUGCUGCCAUUGCAAGACCACUGGCUGCCCCUCUCCAACCUUGACUUGCUCCUUCCCCCUAUUGACGUAGGGGUCUUCUUUUGUUAUGAGAAGCCCAGCAGCAGCACUGAAAAAUCCAGUUUCCCUUCCAUGGCCAGCACCCUCAAGAAAUCCCUUGCCCAAGCCCUUGUCUCUUACUAUGCCUUUGCCGGCGAGGUUGUCACUAGCUCCCUUGGAGAGCCUGAGCUCCUCUGCAACAAUCGUGGUGUCGACUUCUACGAAGCUUAUGCUGACAUCGAGCUUCGACAUCUCCACCUCUACAACCCAGACGCCACCGUUGAAGGGAAGCUCGUCCCCAAGAAGAAAGAAGGGGUGUUCUGUGUUCAGGCAACGGAGCUCAAGUGCGGUGGCGUGGUUGUGGCAUGCUCAUUCGACCACCGAAUAGCCGAUGCCUACUCAGGGAAUAUGUUCUUGGUAUCAUGGGCAGAGAUGGCUCAGUCAAAAUCAAUCUCUAACCAACCAUCUUUCCGUCGUUCCUUACUCAACCCGAGGAGGCCUGUCUCCUAUGAUGUCUCCAUUGACGAAAUGUACGUGCCCCUCUCAUUGUUGCCACCUCCAAAGAAUGAAAAAGCUGCAGCUGAUGAUGACAGGAUAAUAAGUCGAAUUUACUAUGUGACUGCCCAAGACAUCAAUGAGCUUCAGUCCCUUGCCAGCUCCGGUGCCUACAAGAGAACCAAGCUUGAAUCACUAAGUGCAUGCAUAUGGAAGAUUAUUGCGAAAAGUGAGAGAGACAGCAUGAGAAGAUGCAAGAUGGGGAUUGUGGUUGAUGGGCGGACAAGAUUGAGUGAUGGGGAUGGGCCCAACCAUUCCAUGUCAAAUUACUUUGGGAAUGUGUUGUCGAUACCAUACGGAGAGGAAAGAGUUGAGGAACUGGCAACAAGGCCAUUGAGUUGGGUGGCGGAGGCGGUGCAUGAAGCAUUGAGUGAUAGGGCAAGCAAGGAGCAUUUCUUGGGGUUAAUAGAUUGGGUAGAGGCAAGAAGACCACAACCAGCAGUGGCGAAGAUAUAUUGCAGAGGAAGGGAAGAUGGGGCGGCAUUUGUGGUGUCAUCGGGGCAGAGGUUCCCAGUGAAAAGAGUGGAUUUUGGGUGGGGGAAGCCGGUGUUUGGUUCAUACCAUUUCCCAUGGGGAGGAGAGUCAGGGUACGUGAUGCCAAUGCCGAGUGCGAGCAGGGAGGGGGAUUGGGUGGUCUACAUGCACCUCUCCAAAGGGCAGUUAGAUCUGCUGGAAGCUGAGGAGGGCCAUAUCUUUCACCCCUUAACUCCUGAAUACCUUAAUUUGGCUGCUGCUGCUGCAACUUCCAAUGUUUCUUAUGCCAGAGAGGAUAUUCCAAGCUGUAGCCAUCGUUGCACUACUACCAAUGCUACUAGUACGAAUGUAGGAGGAGGAGGAGACGAGGUGAAGAGUUUUAGCCUUGUAUGAUGUGGAUUUGUGCGUGGGAUGCUUUACCACCAGGCUUUAUUUUUUCUUCUUCUUUUUCUUUCAUUUGUUUUCCCUUUCUUUUUAACAAAUAAAUAAUGGUGUUUAUUCUC